AUGGCUGCCUCUCUCUUCAACAGCGACAUGAAAAAAUCACCCAUGUUCAAGCGCAGGAAAAUCCGUAAAGGCACGAACAGCUGCUGGGAAUGCAAACGGAGGAAGACCCGGUGCACUUUCGCCAAUCCUAACGAGUCAAUUUGUGACGGGUGCAGAAGCCGUGGAGUUAGCUGCAUUAGCCAGGCAUUUCAAGACGAUGGCGAAGCGGUUUCCAACAACUUGGCGAGGCUCAACCGUAUGCAAGCAGCGAUAGCCGAGCUAGAGCGCCGUACUGGGACAGACACAGCGCUUCAUGAUACGCAAGAAGCGGUAGCCAAGACAACGGGGCGUCCGGAAAGUAAUGAACGAAUCGGUCCUAUGUGGAAAGGAAAUGGAUACCUCGGUACCGGCGCCGCUACUUGUCGUAAUGGUUCAACUGAGAAAAGUCUGGACGACCGUUGUGCCGGCCUUCUUGCAGGUUGGCCUAGUCAGCACGAGCUCGACCUCAUCACGAGUCUUGACAGCACAGUUUCGGUGCUCUUCCACGGCACAGUCUUCUCGCCAUACUCUACCUUCCUCAGCGAGGCUCUACCAAAACUCAAAGAAAUCUUCAGGCUACCGUCUCAAGAUUCCCAUCCAGUCCUCAUGGCACGCAAGUUGUUGAUGUUAGGUUCCUUUCUGCAAGGCAUUGCUCCAAAAACCAUCAAAGGACUUGGAGCACUGGGCGUACGACUCCUGGAGAUCAUGACCAACGCAGUCGAAACUGCGUGUAGGUUGGUGACCAGCAAUGAUAACCUGGUCUGCUCUGUAGAGGGUAUUGAAUGCAUCAUGAUUGAGAGCAUGUAUCACAACAAUGCAGGAAACCUCCGUCAAGCCUGGAUGACCAAUCGUCGAGCUAUGACGGUGGCACAGGUGUUGCGCUUGCACGACGGGGACUCACGACGUGCCUCUGCCCUCGAGGUCAAAACUUGGAACCGUGUUGAUCCAGAGUACAUCUGGCUUCGCUUGGUAACGUCAGAUCGCUAUCUAUCACUAAUGCUGGGUCUACCUCAAGGAUCUCAGGAAAGUCCAUUUGCCUCUCCAAAAGCCCUGGAAGCCUGUCCGGCAUUAGAACGACUAGAACGCCUCUUGUCUCUCGUAGCAGGACUUAUCAUCCAGCGCAACCGAGAAGACUUGCAUGAUCUUGACGCGACGCACAAGAUAGAUAAGCUACUGCAGGAUGCCGAGUCCUCGAUGCCAGCCCAAUGGUGGCUUCCUCCAGAGUUUGGUUUCGUUGCCAGUUCCGACACAGAUGCAUUCCUCGAGACUAUUCGCAUCGUCAAUCACUUCUCACACUACCAUCUUCUCGUACAGCUCCAUCUACCCUUCCUGCUGCGAUCAUCGGCCGACAAAAUUUAUGACUAUAGCAAAAUCACUGCUGUAAACGCCAGUCGCGAAUUACUUUCCCGCUUCGUACGGUUCCGAAGUUCGAGCGCAAGCUCGACAUAUUGUCGAGGUAUCGACUUCCUUGCCUUUGUGGCAAGUGCAGUGUUGUGCAUUGCCUACAUCAAUGUUCGCAGACAGGACGGCAAUCACGUCGGUGACUCCGUGGCAACCUUUCAGUUUCUUGUUCACCAACGGCUGACCGAUCGUGGGCUCAUGGAACGCACACUUGAGAUGAUGGAGUCAAUGGCUCAGACCGACAAUGACGACAUUGCUCUCAAAAUUGCUCGUAUUCUAAAACGACUGCUUACCGUCGAGGCGGCAGUGGCAGAUGGGGGCAACUAUAACGCCAGUCUGACGUUCACUCAGGCGGACCACGAUAACCUUUUGAGUGGCGAUGGCCCCGAUACCAGGGUUGACGUGUUACGUGUCGACAUUCCACAUAUUGGGACUUUUCAGGUAGAGCCAGCUGGAUAUGUGAGACGAGGACCGGGAUCCCGCGAGGGGACUACCCGACCACCGUUGACGACGACAAGUUCAGGCGCAGCCGGCACCCUUGGUAGGGACGCUUCUUUCACUUUGGCCGAAGGAGACGUCCCACUGAGAACGCCACCGCCGGUGACUUUUGCCUGUGAUUCAACGCACAGCAGCAGCCUGAGAGAAGAACUGCUGCCGACAGGGUUAGACCAGACAUUUCAGGGGUUGAAUGGGGGAGAUGUUGAUUUUGAUGUAGAAGGCCAAUUCAUGCCUGUCUCGGAUGACUGGAUGUUACAAGGGGUUGACAUGGUCUUGUUUGAGAAUUUAUUUGAUGGUCAGCGUGAAUUACCUUGA